UCACCCUCUCCCUGGCCUGCAAGUCUUCUCCCCCAUAUAUAGCACAGGGAGGAAAAGUAGCAGCAAAAUCACAAGAGGAGAAGAGGGGCAGCUCCCCCUUGGAUUUCUUGCCUCUUUGCCUUCCUCUCUCAAGGUCAGCUCUUCGAUUCAACAAGCACAUGGUUUCGUUCUCUUAUUAAGUUUUGUCUACAUGUGCAAAAGGAGUAGAUCGCGGGGAGCAACAUCAGAUUAAGAACACACACACUGCCGCCGCCGCUGUGUCAAUUUUCUUCAAGAAUAUAAACAGCAAGCUAGGGAGCUGGAAGGAAUCGAUCCGUGGAAGCUAGAAAUUAAACCCUAGCUUGAGGCUAGGUAGAAGAAGAGAAGAAGCUGGCGAGCAGGUGGUGGGACGAGGGGCGGCUCGGCCUGCCGGAGCCAUCCCUUGGCAACAAGAACCAACAAGACAUGGCGCCUCCUUCUUCCAAGGACGGCGACGCCACCGAGCAGCCUACGAGCGGCGACGACCGCGAGAACGGCACCGGUGAGCCCAAGGAAGGCGCCGUGGUGACCGGCAACCGGCGCCCCCGCGGGCGGCCGCCGGGGUCCAAGAACAAGCCGAAGCCGCCCAUCUUCGUGACGCGGGACAGCCCCAACGCGCUGCGCAGCCAUGUGAUGGAGGUGGCCGGCGGCGCCGACGUGGCGGAGUCGAUCGCCCACUUCGCGCGCCGCAGGCAGCGCGGCGUGUGCGUGCUGAGCGGCGCCGGCACGGUGACCGACGUCGCCCUCCGGCAGCCCGCCGCGCCCGGCGCCGUGGUGGCGCUCCGCGGGCGCUUCGAGAUCCUGUCCCUGACCGGGACGUUCCUGCCGGGCCCGGCGCCGCCCGGGUCCACGGGGCUGACCGUGUACCUCGCCGGCGGGCAGGGGCAGGUGGUGGGCGGCAGCGUGGUGGGCACGCUCACGGCGGCGGGGCCGGUCAUGGUGAUCGCGUCCACGUUCGCCAACGCCACCUACGAGAGGCUGCCGCUGGACGAGGCCGAGGAGGAGUCCGCCGGGCAGGCGGCGCAGCUGCCCCCCGGCCCCGGCGGAGGGCCGCCGCUGAUGGGAGGGAUGGCCGAUCCGUCGGCGAUGCCAAUGUUCGGCGGCGUACCGCCAAACCUGAUGCCAGGGGGCGGCGGCGCCUCCGGUGCGGGGCUGCAGCUCGGGCACGAUGGGCUUGCAUGGGCUCAUGCACGGCCCCCGCCCUACUAGCUAGGAUCGUGGUCGGACAUUGGUGCCUACACUGUGGAGCAAGUAGAGUGGGAGUGAAGAAUUAGUUAAGCAAGCAGUGUGGAUCAUGUCGGAGCUAAUAAAAGGCUCUUCGAUUCUACUAAGAAACAAGGUAAAGUGUUAUAUAUAUAUAGUACUAUACUGCAUGUGACUAUACAUGUUGCAUUGUGUGGCUGUGCCAAAUUAAAUGUCAGUACGUUCAAGAUACAUAUAUAUAUACGACGAUCCAUCGAACUUAAUUGUUGCCA